AUGGCAGCGCCAAAAAUUCUCAAGCCGAAGGACUUCCAAAACGCCUUCCACUGGGCGGCGACGCAGCAAGACGGAGCAAUUCCCUCGUUUGCGACCCGUCCUAAUGAUCCGUACACCUAUCAGCCUGGUUUUAACAAUAGCUUCGAGUCUGAGGCAAUCGCCGGCACAAUUCCGAGGGGCCAAAACAGCCCGAGAAGCAUUAGAUAUGGGUUGUAUGCCGAACAGGUGACGGCUUCGGCCUUCGUCGCCCCCAGGCAUGCGAAUAAGAAAGCCUGGCUUUACCGGUCGCGGCCAGCUGUAGCUCAUCAAGGAUUCACCGACCUUCCCGAUAACAAGGACACUGAGUCGACUUUCAUCCCCAUCAACCCACGAGUACACGUCUCACCAACUCAAUUAGCAUGGAAGCCUUUCCCGAUUCCCGAAGGCCAAGAUCUGGACUUUGUCAAUGGCCUCAAGACUGUCGCCGGUUCCGGAGAUCCAACUCUUCGAGAAGGCCUCGCUACUCACGUCUACCUUUGUAACAAGAGCAUGACAAAGAGGGCCAUUGCAAACUCGGACGGCGACUGGCUCAUUGUGCCUCAGCAGGGUGCUCUAGACAUCCAAACCGAGUUUGGUUUCCUGUAUGUGCAACCGGGCGAAAUCUGCGUCAUCCAGCGCGGCCUUCGCUUCAAGAUCAACGUUGAAGGGCCGACCCGCGGAUACAUCCUGGAGAUUUGGGGUUCCAACUGGGAGCUUCCCGAGUUGGGUCCACUGGGAGCAAAUGGGUUGGCCAACGCUCGCGACUUCUUGCACCCGGUCGCCGCAUACGAGGUGACGAAAGAUGAUCCUUGGGACAUCGUGUACAAGCUCGGCGGAAAGUUCUUCAAUAGUACACAACGGCACUGCCCCUUCGAUGUCGUUGCAUGGCACGGAAACUACGUCCCGUUCAAGUAUGAUCUCACCAAGUUUGUCAACGUGGGCUCCAUCUCCGUGAACCACAUCGAUCCGUCCAUCUUCUGUGUUUUGACUGCCAAGUCCCGAGACCCAGCCGCGCCUCUGGCCGACUUUUUGAUCUUUUCUCCGAGAUGGGAUGUCGCAUCUCACACGUAUCGACCGCCCUACUACCACAGAAACUGCGCUUCUGAGCUGAUGGGUCUGAUCUAUGGCGAGUAUGGAGGCCGGUCCGACGAGUUCCAGCCCGGAAGUAUCUCGUUCGAGUGCGGAUUUGUGCCCCAUGGCGUGGCAUACGAGCAAUUCGCUGCUGCGUCCAAGGAGGACCCUCCUCAGAUGCAGAUCUCGCUCGGUUCCAUUGCCUUUAUGUUUGAGACGAGCCGACCUCUCACAAUCACCGACUAUGCCUGGAACAGCAAGGAGAAGCACGAGCACGACCCCAAGAUGUGGGACGAUUUGGUGGACAAUUUUUCCCAGUUUGAGAUUGAUCCAAGACUUUUGAAGUCUAACAAGGCGAACAAUUGGACUUGA